AUGAUGAAUCUAAGAGCAGUAUGCAAGUCCUCAGUAAGCUGGUCACUAAGCACCCGUGGAAUGAAGAAAUAUCCUUUUCCAGUGACAUACGAGAAUGUUCGCUUUCCUCCAAAUGGUCAAUUAAAGUUGCCUGUGAUGCCAGCUGAGCCAUCUUACGAUCUAGAAAAAGGAGAAAAGAAGUACAAAUCGACAAAACGAAUGAUCGAAGCGAGAGGAGUUGAAGAAGUGCACACAGAAUUGAUUCAUGAGCAGUACGGUCUUGCAGCAGUUUCAGGAGGAUUUAUUGACAGCGACGACUUCAAAUUUCUCCAGGAUCGAAUCAAUAAGAAUUUGAUUGACAAUCAGUUUGCCGUGUGGCGAGUUGAUGAACCAUGGUUGCCAAGAACGAAAAAAGCACAAGGAACACGUUUAGGAGGUGGAAAGGGAUCAAUUCAAAAGUAUGUAACUCCGGUCCGAGCAAAUCGCAUCAUUUUGGAAGUUGGUGGUUACAUCACUGAGAUUGAGGCGAAAGCUUUUCUUCUCUACUUGUGCGAACGUUUCUCUUUCCCAGUUGAGUUUGUUAGCGAAACGAUGCUUGCCGAAAGACGCCAUAAAGCCGAAGAAAUACGAAUGAUGAACAAAAAUGUGUUUAGUUGGGACAAAGUUAUCAAGUACAAUAUGCAAAACUGUAAUAGUUGGCUCUCUAACUACGACAUCGCUUGGAAAGGAAAGUACCGAUAA